GUUUUUGAAAUCUGCCACAGAUUUUUAGAUUAGAAGUAGUUUGGCUUUUGGCCUCUUCUUCCAAAAUUUACUACUUAUCUCAGGAAAGUUAUGUUAACAGCAGAAAUUGUCCAAGAAGAACUGAAGCAGAGUGAAGCAGUUAAAAUGAUCAAGCACCCGUGUUGAAAAUCCCACUGCCAAGGCUGAUUUAAUUUACAAGUGAGAAACAGUUUUACAGUGCAUGGGCAAAGAAACAAUGUCAUAUCAUUGGAGAGUUCAGAAGUUCUGGGAAAAAAUGGGCAGAUUGCCCUCUGACAAGAAUUUGGAUUUAAACAAUUGUACAUUGGAUGCAGUGGAUAUAAUGGAGCUGACUACUGUAAUAUCACUGCUGCCAGAUUUGGAGGAGAUUGAUCUUUCCUGGAAUGACUUCAUAGGAGGAAAACUAGAACAUCUGGCCCUUCGGUUCAAACACCUGCAAGAGCUGAAAGUCCUCCAGCUGAACAGCUGCAGACUCACGACCAAGGAUGUUGCAUGUUUAGGAGAAGCAAUAGAAGGAAUUCCUCACCUUGAAAUACUGGAUUUAUCAUGGAAUCCUGGCAUUGGGGGAAGCCUUUCCCUUCUAACCUCCAAAAUCCUCAAAGGCUCUAAACUCCAUACAUUAAAAGUAACAGAUUGCUGUCUUACUCAGGAAGAUGGCAAAUCAAUAGCUCAGCUUCUAAGUAGGAUCCCCAGCCUCAAAAUUCUGGACUUGUCAAUCAAUGUAAAAUUGGGAUGUAGCCUUAAAAGUAUUGCACAGGAAUUACAAUUUGUUUCAAGCUUGCAAGUAUUAAAUCUGAACACAUGUGGAUUAGAACAAGAUGGCUUCCAUUCCAUAGAUGCUGCUUUCCAAUAUUUAUCGGAAUUGAGAACAUUAGAUGUAUCAUGUAAUAAAUUGAUUGGAGGAGUUUUCCAGUCUUUGGCUGGUCAUUUGGCCAGUUUAACUAACCUUGAAAUCCUGAAUCUUCAUCAGUGUUGUAUUACAGAAGAGGACAUGUUGGUUUUAUCCCAGAUAAUACCUCUUUUGUCAAAUCUUCGGGAGCUGAAUUUAUCCUCAAAUACAAAUGUAGGGAUAUCUACCUAUCAUCUUCUUAGUAGACUCCGAUUUUUACCAAAAUUGACAUCUGUGCUCCUCAACAAUUGUGCCUUGCAACAUGAUUCAUUUCUGUCUCUAGCUGAUGCAGUCUCUCAUCUUCCUGAACUGAAGCUAGUAGACCUUUCUUGGAAUAAAUGUGUUGGUGGCAACUUAAAUCAGAUUCUGAAAGCAAUAAACCCUGAUUCCAAGAUCCAAGUGUUAAGGCUGAGCAGUUGCAGCUUGGUGGAUGAAGAUCUGACUGAUUUGGGUAGGUACAGAAAUUGUAUCCACCCCCUCCAUUCCUCCACACCUGUUCUAUAAAAACUUGAUUUCACUUUUGGUUUGUUCAUUGGGUAUAACGUAUCUCCUAAAUAUCACAGGAAAUUUGGCCAGGAGAAUAGUGUCAAAUGGCUCCAUUUUUAUUGUGAACUAAACCAUAGUAACAAUCUUUCCCAACCUAGUAUCUUCUAAACUGGU